AUGGACUUUUCUUGUGAGCACUUCGAGAAGCAACUUCCAGCUGACACAGUCUUCUCUCACGACGAAAUGAGCGACAGAUUGGUCUCACCAAGAAUUGUGAAUUCAAGGAAUUACACCAUAUCGCCUUUACUAUUAAAUGACAAAACCUACUCCAACUGCCACCGCACCCAACUUCCCCGCAAAUCAAAGAGAUGCAUCGGAAAGACCAUGAAAAAAUAA